UGUAUCUGUUCAGUCCAAGGGCGGAUCUGUUUCAUAUCGUUUCCCCUUUUCUUCAGACACACCUGUUUUCCACGCGGCUUUUACAGACUGAACCAGGAAGUGUGAGCUGCUGUAAGUGACUGUGUGAGUUUAUAUCUAAGUAAAAUGGCAGAAGCGAAUAUUUCAGUAGCUCAGGAUCAGUUCAGCUGUCCAAUCUGUCUGGAUCUACUCAAGGAUCCAGUGGGUCUUCUCUGUGGACACACUUUCUGUAUGGCGUGUAUUAAUGGCUGCUGGGAUCAGGAGGAUCAGAAGGGAGUCUAUAGCUGUCCUCAGUGUAGACAAACCUUCACUCCAAGACCUGUUGUGAGUAAAAACAGCAUGCUGGCUGAAGUAGUGGAGACACUGAAGAAUACAGGACUCCAAGCUACACGUCCUGCUCACUGUUCAGCUGGACCUGAAGAUGUGGAGUGUGAUUUCUGCAUUGGGAGAAAAUCCAAAGCCAUCAAGUCCUGUCUGGUGUGUCUGGCCUCUUUCUGUGAAACUCACCUCCAGCCUCACUAUGAAUCUCCUGCCUUUAAGAAGCACAAGCUGGUGGAAGCCUCCAGACGACUCCAGGAGCAGAUCUGCUCUCAGCAUGACAAACUGCUGGAGGUUUACUGUCACACUGAUCAGCAGUGUAUCUGCAUGUUGUGUACUAUGGAUGAACAUAAAGGACAUGAUACAGUAUCAGCUGCAGCAGGACAAGCUGAGAAACAGAAGCAGUUGUUGGAGAUGCAGGGAAACUCCAAGCAGAGAAUCCAGGAGAGAGAGAAGGAGCUUCAGGAACUACUAAAGGCUAUGGAGACUCACAAGCUCUCUGCACAAACAGCAGUGCAGGAAACCGAGAGGAUCUUUACGGAGCUGAUCAAAUCUAUUGAGAGAAGAUGCUCUGAACUGACAGCGCUGAUCAGAGCUCAAGAGGAAGCUGCAGUGAGUCGAGCUGAAGAAGUCAUGAAGCAACUGGAGCAGGAGAUCGCAGAGCUGAAGAGGAGAGAUGCUGAAAUGGAGGAGCUUUCACACACAGAGGAUCCUGUCCAGUUCCUCCAGAGUUUUCAGUCUGUCGCAACCCCAACUGGAUUUUCAAACUUGCCCACCAUCAAGUUCAGCUCUACUCUAAUUUUUGAGGAUGUAAUAACUUCUGUGUCUCAGCUGAGAGAAAACGUUGAAGAGUGCUAUAAUGCUGAGUUUGAGAAGAUAUCAAGUGAAGUGAGGGAUGUCCAGAUCUUAUCACCUCCUCGUAUCACUAUGAAGAUGCUAAAUAUGCAGGCCUGGAAGUCCCAUCACCAGCAAUUGAAGGCCCAGAGGUUGCAUCUACUGCAGUUAAACCGUAUGGUUAUGGAACGCCGAAAGCAAGAUUUUCAAUGUAAUGACUGUGUGAGUUUGUGUUAUAGUAAAAUGGCAGAAGCGAAUAUUUCAGUAGCUCAGGACCACUUCAGCUGUCCAAUCUGUCUGGAUCUACUCAAGGAUCCAGUGACUAUUCUCUGUGGACACACUUUCUGUAUGGUGUGUAUUAAUGGCUGCUGGGAUCAGGAGGAUCAGAAGGGAGCCUAUAGCUGUCCUCAGUGUAGACAAACCUUCACUCCAAGACCUGUUGUGAGUAAAAACAGCAUGCUGGCUGAAGUAGUGGAGACACUGAAGAAGACGGGACUCCAAGCUACACGUCCUGCUCACUGUUCAGCUGGACCUGAAGAUGUGGCGUGUGAUUCCUGCACUGGGAGAAAAUCCAAAGCCAUCAAGUCCUGUCUGGUGUGUCUGGCCUCUUUCUGUGAAACUCACCUCCAGCCUCACUAUGAAUCUCCUGCCUUUAAGAAGCACAAGCUGGUGGAAGCCUCCAGACGAUUCCAGGAGCAGAUCUGCUCUCAGCAUGACAAACUGCUGGAGGUUUACUGUCACACUGAGCAGCAGUGUAUCUGCAUGUUGUGUAUAUUAGAUAAACAUAAAGGACAUGAUACAGUAUCAGCUGCAGCAGGACGAGUUGAGAAACAGAAGCAGUUGUUGGAGGUGCAGGGAACAACCAGGCAGAGAAUCCAGGAGAGAGAGAAGCAGCUUCAGGAACUGACAAAGGCUGUGAAGACUCACAAGCACUCUGCACAAACAGCAGUGCAUGAAACUGAGAAGUUAUUUACUGCUCUGAUCAAAUCCAUUGAGAGAAGAUGUUCUGAACUGACAGCACUGAUCAGAGCUCAGGAGAAAGCUGCAGUGAGUCGAGCUGAAGAAGUCAUGAAGCAACUGGAGCAGGAGAUUGCAGAGCUGAAGAGGACAGACACUGAGAUGGUGAAGCUUUUGGACACAGAGGAUCCCAUUUAUUUCCUCCAGAGUUUUCGGUCCCUCUUGACCCAUCCUGGAUCUGCAGAUUUACCCAUCAUCGAGGUCAGUUCUUUCCUCUCUUUUGAAGAUGUAGUAAAGUAUGUGUCUCCGCUGCAAGAGAAGGUGGAAGCGUGCUCUAAAGAGCAGUUUGAGAAGAUAUCAAGUGAAGUGAAGAAAGUCCUGAUCUUACCACCCCAAAGCAGAGAGGAAUGUCUAAAGUAUUCCUGUCAACUCACACUGGAUCCCAACACAGUACAUCACAGCCUCCAACUGUCUGCAUCGAACCGAAUGGCAACUGACAGAGGUGAACAGUUGGGUUAUGAUUAUAUUAAUAAUUUGUAUGGCCAACAGGUACAUUGGUAUCAGGAGAGGUUUGAACAUCCAGAGAGCUUUAACUAUUACCACCAGGUGUUGUGUAGUGAGAGUGUGUGUGAACCCUCUUACUGGGAGGUGCAGUGGAGUGGGAAUAAUGGGGUUUCUAUAGCACUGUCCUAUAAAGACAUCAGUAGGAAGGGAAGCAGUUAUGAGUGUGAGUUUGGACGCAAUGAUAAGUCCUGGAAUUUAAUGUGCAACUCCUCUAGUUACUCGUUCUUACACAACAACCAAGAAACUAAUAUCUCCAUGAGCCCCAGCCCCUCUAGAAUAGGAGUGUUUGUUGAUUACAAGGCAGGAACUCUCUCUUUCUACGGCGUCUCUGACACGAUGAAGCUCCUCCACAGAGUUCACACCACGUUCACUCAGCCUCUUUACCCCGGGUUUGGGCUAAAUUCUUAUUCAGCAGUAGAACUGUGCAAUUCUGUUAUUAACCUCUCCUGCUUUUCUGACUGGUGUCUGGAAUCUCGUUUUUUAAAAUGCAAAUGGUUUUUCUUUACAUCAAAUUCUUGUCAAUUGAGACUGAAUCCUAACACAGCUAAUAAGCUCCUCUGUCUGUCUGAGGAGAACACGUUGGUGACCUGCAGUUCAACACAACAGUCCUAUCCUGAUCAUGCUGAGAGGUUUGACUCUUAUCUCCAGGUGUUGUGUACAGAGAGUGUAUGUGGACGCUGUUACUGGGAGGUUGAGUGGAGUGGGAAUAAAGGGGUUUCUUUAGCAGUCUCAUAUAAAGACAUCAGCAGGAAGGGAAACGGUAUUGAGUAUAAGUUUGGAUUCAAUGAUCAAUCCUGGAGAUUGCUUUGCUCUCCAAAUGAAUUCAUAUUCGGUCAAAAUAACAGACAAUUUAGUGUCCCAGUAAUGCCCAGCUCCUCCAGAAUAGGAGUGUAUGUGGAUCAUAGGGCAGGGAUUCUGUCCUUCUACGGCGUCUCUGACACAAUGAAGCUCCUCCACAGAGUCCACACCACGUUCACUCAGCCUCUUUACCCCGGGUUUGUGGUUUGUAAAGGAUCAAGGGUUAAACUAUGUCAUUUAAAAUAGAUCAUUUUCAGAGCUUUGUGAUACCAGUGGAUUUUUGUGUGUGUCUGUUUCUGCAUGCAGUUUGAUGGGGGUUACCUCAAAACAACAGUGUACUGCAAUAGCAAAAGAAAUAUACGAUGAGACUAUG